CCAUAUCCGAGUCAAUCCAUCCACCGAUCUGCUAUCUUUGAUUUGGGUGACACGUGAAAUUCCUCAAAUGACUCUGGUGCCUAGCGGAAAUAUUACCGAGUUCUUUAUGGUCAUGAUGACGAGCAGAAACGCGGUCCAGGAAGCAAAGCAGACCUGUCCUUAUGUAUGUGGAGAAUUGUGCCUCACGAGAGCCAGCUUUGUGUCUUUGGGUUUGAUUGCGUCCAGAUGUGGGUCAUCAUCAGACAAGUUAACUGUCGAGACAGAAUGAUAGCAACUUGUAGAGGCGGAUGGCAUGUCUUCUAGAACACUGUCGGCCUUGAGACAGGGAAUGUGAGACUCGUCUGGCUUUUACCGUGCCGAACAAGACUCCAGGAUUUUCCGGUCCAAAAUCCCCAAGGUCUUUCUGGUGACCCUUCUUAUAG